AUGGCUUGGGUCAUGUUUUACUCUCCGAAAUGCCCGUUUGGCAUGGCAAACACUCAGAUCUAUUGGGUUACGGUUUCGCCUUUGCUUGUUAACCUAUCUUUCUUGGCCAACGCCAUCGGCUACCAUCUACAGAAACAUCAAGUAUAUGCUACCGUUACCAAACUCCUCUUUCUUAGCCAUUGGGAUUGAGGAAUGGUGAAUGAAGAAAAAUAGAUUGCGCACCGCAAAUGGAGCUCCAUUUGAGCCUCCUCUGCAUGACUGCGAUUGACAGAUACGAGCCCCUGUUAUGCUUAUAACGUUGCUAAACCUUUCACUCUAACCGGACCACUUUUACAGGUGGGAGAGGUUUCAUGUUUAGCUAGGUUUGCUCCACUUCCUAGAGCUCCGCAUUCUUGAAUGUGUCGAGAGCGGAAGUUGGGGUCAGUCUGGGGACAAUAUGGGAUCCGCCCUCCCACUCUGUGGGAGCUCCGGGGUGACCAGAAGGUGUUGCGAUGUGAAGGUAUUGCAGGGGUUGUAUCUGAAUUUCAAAGGAGAGUAGAGAAGGUAGAAGUAUCGGUUGGGGCCAAUGGCAGCGGUGUACAGAUGAGUGAUUUUUAGGAUUCCUACUUGAUGGUAUUUGAUGCUUCCUGGCAGCUGGGUAAGGUAUGGUUUUCAUGCGCUGGUAUAAACCGGAAUUCGAUGGAGAUGGGCAGUAGGUGGGUUGGAUGAGCACGUAGGAAGUAGGAUGUGAUCCGCUAUUGGGCAUAGCGGGACAGGAUGCUGGCAAGCCAAUGGAAGAAGCGGCUGGCAGGAUGAGGUCCAAUUAAAACUGAAAAGACCUGAUGCAGAGCACGAAACCCUGCAAUAUGGAUUUUCCCAUCUCAGUUAUACAUCUUCAUAAAGUAUUUGCUUUGGGCAUUAAGCUGACAAGCGGUAUUGGCAAGGUAGGAGCAUCAGUGGUCCGGCGGCAGAAACCGUACCCGGGACUAUCGUGAUGGGCAUGAGGUAUUGUUAUUCUUAUUUUCAGGGCAGAGGUAGGUCUAUAUUGAUAAAAUUGUAUAGCGAGAUAGAGGUGAUUACGGUCAUGAAAAACCCUCUCGAAAUGGUAGCUUCCGUCGGCACCCGAGAUCUACAUCUAAGAUGAAAAAGAAGAGAGGUAGGAGCAGUUCUCGUACUGAAAGGUCUAGUAUGAUGGACGACUCGCGAAACCAGGAAUGGUUUGGGGGACGGCAGAGGUCGGUCGAGAGGGGCAGACGCCGACACCACCAACGAGAAUCACCCAGACGACGAAGGAACCAGCACACCUCACCCUACGGGAGAUCCUCACCAGAUCGGUCCAGAAGACGGGAGCGUAGGGCUGGAUUUAGUCAUGGGGAGGGAUCUGGAAAUCUACAUUUGCGAGGCGAUAGGGAGGAGAGCGUUGGGAGGGAAGGCAGCGUUUCUGAACCAGCCGCUGGUCAGGGAAUCCCGUAUUCGGCAACGCAUGAUAAUAAUUACGAACAAGAAAUAUAUCGCGCGCCGGGGGGGUUUCCUUACGAUCAACUGAUCUUCCCUUAUGCAGCAGCGGGUCAUUAUAGCAAUCCACAUUAUUCCUAUGGCACCGGUAUAUCGGAUUUUGAUCAUGUUAGAAAUGGGUUUGUUCCUACCACUUUCUCCUCACUGCUGGAGAGAAUUAAAUUUUGA